UUUGACUCUGCACUAGAAUAAAGAGGUUAAAGAAGAAGGGAGGAGUGUAGAGCUGAGUUUCUAGGAGGAGCAUCAUUAAGAGAAGUGAUCAGUUCCUGGUUUGUCAGAGAAGAAAGAAGAGAAGCAGCAUUAAAGCAUCAGAGCCUCAACAUGAAAGUCUUCCACACUUUUUUCUGUUUCCUCUUCAUCGCACUGCAGGCUAGAAAUACUGGACUUGUCAAUGCAGAAAGACUCUACACAAGACUGGAAGGAAAAGACAUCACAGUUGAAUGCCAGUUACCCGUCUCUGGCUCCAAAAAGUUCUUUUGUAGGGAAACAUGUGAAGGAGGAAACAUUUUAAUUGAAACGACAAAGAACAACGAUCAGAGCGGCAGAUACAGCAUUUGGUACGAAGAAGGUCAUUUUCCUUCGAGGAAGACGAUCAUGUUUGUGAGCAUCAAACGGCUGAAGAUGUCUGACUCUGGACGCUACAGGUGUGCUCUGGAAAAAUCUUGGUUUCUAGAACCGCAGUGGGAUUUUAGGAUCAUUGUCAAAGAAGACUUGACUCUUGGAACUUUUCCACCAACAACGUUCCUCCCAUCAGCCUCCACUGAAUCCUCCGAGCAGCUCGACUCAUCUCCACCACGUUCAGAUCUGCACCUGUACGUGGGUCUGAUUCUGGUGGUCAAGAUCUUCAUAUUAUCGAUGCCUUUAAUGAUUUUCUGCAAGAAGAGAAGAUCCACCAAACCUAAAGUUCCUCCUGUGGAGACGAUCUAUGUCAACAUCUCAGAGGUUACAGACGACUCCAGUGAACUCGAUUACACUGAGGUGGAUUUUUGCAACGUUGCUGCCUCCUCUCUCAACAGCGCCCCCUGUGGUGAUGUAGAUAAUGUCCUCUACUGCCCCCUUCAGAUAGAUGUGACGUCUACCAACAAUAUCAGAGGCUUCACCUCCACCGGACUCUACUGUUUAUUUGCAUCAGUGGUUUAAUAGUUGCAGCUGUUUCAUGAGAAUUUGUGACACAUUCCUUUAUGUUAUAACUGUGCUGUCAAAAUGUUUAAGUUUAGCUUCUCUUCAAGCACAAUUCUGGUGUAUUUCCAUUUGGUUUCAUUUCCAUUAUUGUGGCUCUCUGGGUCACGAUAACGUUGCAGAUUCAGAGAACUGAGGUGGAAUGCAAAGUUAACACCACCCACAAUGGUCAUAUUAAUGGGAAAUACACCAGGUUGAAAUAAACUAGAGUUAUCCUUUAUUUUUUUUCUUUAUAUACUAUCAUAGUAAUUUUGGUAAAACUUAUUGGUUUUUGUUGAAAAGUAAAGUGCUUCCUCCCUUUACUCAGAAGGGUUUUCUUUUUUUUCCACAAUAUUUUUAUUUUGUUUUUCACAGCAAUGGAAACAUCUUUACAUUGUAUAUAAAAUAGAAUACAAACUGUUUUGCUGCUUUUUUAAAAAAACAACAAAAAAACACAAAAACAAACAAACAAACAAACAAACAAAAACUAACAGCAAACAAAUAAACAAACAAACUGCUUCUCUCCUCUAUAAACUUUAGUGCAAGUCCAGUCACAGUCUGUUAUUUCAACGAUAACACAACAAAUCAGCACUUACGUGCCCUUAUAUUAGUACAUAAGUGCUCAUGCAUUCCUAUGAGAAUAUACACAAAGAUAAAAAUGCAGGUGCAGAAGCUGCAUGGUCCAUCAAUCACUCAUCAAUCUGAGGGUCUGCUAAAUCUUGAUCUUUGACGUACUUCACAAAGGGUCCCCAUAUGUUUUCAAAGACCUGGUGCUUGUCUUUCAAAAUGUAAGUUAUUUUUUUCUACAGGGAGAUUUGACAGCAUCUGUCUCACCCACUGGCUGAUACUUGGUCUACUCAUUGAUUUCCAAAGUAACGCAAUACACUUCUUAGCAGUAAGCAAGCUGAGGUCUAUAAAAGCUCUUUCAUGUUUUUAUAUUUGGAAUUUUUUGGAUACAGUCCCAGGAGGAAAAAUUUUGGGUUUGUUGUAAUUUGUUUUGAAAUAAUUUUUUCUGUUGUUUUCCUCACCUCCUCCCAAAAUGGGCUUAUUUUCCUACAUUGCCAGAUACAGUGAAAAAAAAGUUCCCUUUGAAUCUAUGCAUUUUGUGCAGAUGUCUGGAAUGUUUUUGUCAUAUUUAUUUAAUUCAACUGGAGUGAUGUAAGUCCUCAUUAACCAUUUGUAAUGAAUUAACUUAUUGCGUGUGUUUAUAGAUUUGGUGUGUGCUUCAGCACAGGCCAAACUCCAGUCUUCCUCUGAAAUCUCCAAUUGUAAGUUUUCUGACCAGGCCUUGCGUUUGUAAUGCGAGUUUUCAGAUGAUGAAGAUGUCAGUAGAUUGUAAAUUUCUGAGAUGAGACCUUUUCUCUGGCUGUUUUUUAGCAUCAUUUUUUCUAAUGAAGAUUGUCAGAAGGGUUUUCUAACAAAAACCACUGCAUGCAUUGCUGAAGGUGCCGUGAUAUGAUGCAAAAUUCACCUUUUUUAUCUAGAAGAUGUAUUUUAACUUCAUACAAGUGAAAUCUUUUUGUCAAAAAGACAAGUAAUAUAAAUAUUUAUAUAUAUUGUUUUCUGACAUACUUUAAACAUAUUGUUUAUACAUUUUUUAUUAAUAUUUUCUGACCUUGCAAACCUAUUUUUGGAUAUUUCAUUAAUAUUUUGGGGCAUUUUAGAGAUAUGUGCACAUAAAUUUUCAGUAUUUCAGAUAUUUUCAGACUUUUUUUUCCAGAUAUUUUUUGACAUAAUCACAAGUUUUGGGUAUUUUAUUAAUAUUUACAGACAUAAUAAUAUUUUUUGGGCAUGUUACAAUUUCUUUGGGGGGGGGGGCAUUUUUAUAUUAUUUGUAUAUUUUAUUCAAUUUUUUUCUUUAAAUCUUAUUUUUCCAGUAUAUCUUAUUUUUCAGAAAUAUGCAUGAAAUGUAUAUUUUAAUGAUUUCAUUCAUAUUGUUCAUCAACCAUUAUUGUAGUACCAGGAAAUUAUUAUUUUUUGUGUAUUACCUGUUUUAAAAAUUACAAAUACAAACAAAAAUGUAAGCAUCAUGAUGUCACAAUGUUUGCUAACUAAGCUAAACAAUAUGAUGCUAUCCUGCAGCAACGUGAUGUGAUCUGUUGACUUCCAGUGAUGUGGCUCGUAGUCUGGAUCCACGGAUUUGUUGAAGGUCACCAUGCUGAAUGUAUCUCCAACAACUAACUCCUCUGUUCACUGUUUCUGAGCCAUGCCACAUUUGUUUUAUUGAUCCAGUAGCUUUGAUUUUCCUUUCAGGAUUGCACAAAAUAAUUUCAAACGGACCAAAAUAAAAAUAAACUAGUCCAGAAUUGCUCAAAAAUAGUCUAAAAUGACCCGAAAACUGUCCAAACUUACUUGAAACUUGUUUGAAAAUGUGUUCAAACUGAUAGUUUUUGAGUCACUAUGGACGAGAUUUAGUCCAGUUUUGAGAUGUUUCACCAUGCUGAAUGUAUCUCCAACAACUUGCUCUGCUGUUCACUGUUUUUGAGCCAUGCUGCAUUUAUUGUAUUGAACCAGUAGCUUUGAUUUUCCUCUCAGUCUCUCUUGUUGUCUCUCUUGUUGUCUCUUCUUGUUGUUUUGUGUCACAUUUGUCUUGUUUCAUCUUGUUCUGUGUCUAAUUUGUGUCAUUUGGUAUUUCGUUUGUGUUGUUUUUGUGUUUUUUCUUUCACUUUGUCUUGUUUUUUUGCCAUUUUGUGUAAUUUUUUUGGUCCCAUUUUUGUCAUCUUAUUUGUGUUCUGUGUCGUUUUGUGUCUAUUUUUUGCUUUCUGUCUUGUUUUGUGUCACGUUUCUGUAUCGUUGUGAGAUAGCAACACGGUAUCACUGUAACCAUGACAACAAGUGAACACUAUGUCAGCUGCUUGCUGAUGAUCACAUGAUUGUGAUCCUACUACAAAUCCACCACUGAGGACUUAUCAGGACUUAUCCAUCAGAAAUGAUACAAGGAACAACUGAUUAAAUUGUGGGGGUGUUUCUGAGUCCCAUCAUUUCCUGCCACCUGCUACAUAUUUAGGUCACAUGAUUCGGUAUCUGUACAUAACGUACACAUGCAGAACACAUGCCUGGGCUCAGUGAAGGCCAUUGUGUUUGUGGGUACAUCUAUAUUAAUGGACACAUUCUAUGUUGCCGUGAUUUCUGAUCAUCAGUAACUAAUAAACAAAUGCUGCAUUUCUAAAAAAAAACAAAAAAACAAAAAAAAAAACAAUGUUGAAUUUCUGACAAUGCUAUAUGGGGGAAUGAGCAGCCUUGGAGGAGUACUCUGGUCUCUGAGGGCUUUUCUAGUUUCCUUCUGUGCACAUCAUGUGAGUGAUUUCUCCCCUUGUCCAGAGGGUGGCAACGUUCGUCUGCUGAGAGUUUAUGUUCAGUCUGCAGCCACAAGACAAGAAAUAACACCAAACCUCACAAAUCUAAAGACAACAACAACAAGCAAAAGGAGACACUCAAAUAUCUUCAAAUGUGUUUGUAUCUAAAUUUAAAUUUACUGGAGCUGUUUAUUCUGUGGUAGCACUGGACACAAUAGAUAGAUAGAUAGAUAGAUAGAUAUACAGAUAGAUGAUAGAUAGAUAGAUAGAUAGAUAGAUAGAUAGAUAGACAGAUAGAUAGAUAGAUAGAUAGAUAGAUAGAUAGAUAGAUAGAUAGAUGAUAGAUGGAUAGAUAGAUAGAUAGAUAGAUAGAUAGAUAGAUAGAUAGAUAGAUAGAUAGAUAGAUAGAUGAUAGAUAGAUAGAUAGAUAGAUAGAUAGAUAGAUAGAUAGAUAGAUAGAUAGAUGAUAGAUGGAUAGAUAGAUAGAUAGAUAGAUAGAUAGAUAGAUAGAUAGAUAGAUAGAUAGAUAGAUGAUAGAUGGAUAGAUAGAUAGAUGAUAGA